GAGAAUCGUUUCCUAUGGCACCUGAAGCUCCUGUUCCCUCAGAGCAGUUCAGAGUUCACUGAGAGAAGGUGAGUGGUGUGUGUUCCUGCCUGUCUGCUUACCUCCCUGCAUGCCUACGUGCUUGUACACGUGUUACACUUACUUGUCGGGUAGCACCUCUGCCAGAACAGUCUUUAGGAGCACUGUUAAUACCAGUUGAUGUCAGAGUCCAGGGGGUUGUAACCUGCAACCGAGAGCAUCCAGAUCACUGGAGAGUGACUGUAGUGUUGCCAGAGGAUUGUCUCAGCACCCAUUUAUCCUCUAAUGUUGAGGAUGAUUGGUGAUGUAGACCCACAUGUAAAUAGUAAGCCCUCCAACAAGUCAUUGAUCAAGAUCACGGUUUGACUCAUGGUUGGUUCCUUGGAACUUGGUUGGUUGUUCACUCUCUUUUUGUCUCUCUUACUCUGUCACUCCUUUCUUUCUUACCCUCUCGCUCUCCUCUCCAUCUCUCCCCAGGGUGUCCGAUGACCAAACACUUGAACAGAUCCUCACCCCCUACAUCCACCCUACAGAGUCUGAGCCAGUGAGACGUCAAAAGUAAGAACACUCCACUCUUAUAUAAUCUACUAAUCAAAUUAAACCAAAAUCUCCAAAUCAAUCCAAAUAAAGGGUUGGCUGCUGGUUGAGCUACUGCUCUUGGAGAGUAUCUGAAUAGCUAGUAGUAUCCAUGCCUGAUUGCCCGGCUAGUUUGUUUGGCUCCAUCUUUCCUCCCAAACAGAGCCUGCCUAACGACCUCACUAGGUGGCUAUGGCUGAAGAUCCAUCAAGUGGUCCUGCAAGCUAGAAACAGAGCAAACCAAGAUGGAGACUGGUCCAGAGAGAGGAAUGUCAAUGUCUCUGAGCUGUAGCCAGGGCCCAAAUCUAGCUGGAAUCUACAUGCAAAAAAUAAAAAUGGUCAAACUGUGUUUCAUUAGAGGUUUAAGAUAUAGAAAUGAAAUGUGGUUUUGGUUCUGUCACUGUGUAGUUACUCAACAGCAGGAAUAGAAAGUUAACAAUGUGGUAAUGGAGUCUGAAAUCAACACCAGUUAGAUGGGCAGUUUGGAUGACCUACUUUUUCCAUUGUUGUCUCGCCAGCUGUUUUCCCCUGAAACGGCUAAAGGAAUAUCAUUACAACAGACACACGUAAACACAACUAAUAUCAUUACUGUGGGGAGCAGAGAAACGGUGACUGACCACUUGACGCCACAUGCGGUGUGUUACACUGCAUUCUCACGUUCUACAGUCAACAGGAGUGGUGCAAACAAAGCUAUUUAGAUUUCAGUGAAUUACAUUUAACUGCUGAUCACUAACGGACUGAAAUUGAAACAUCGCCAGUAUGACACACAAAAGCUGCAAUAUCAUUGUAUUACAGUAUCUACAUUUUGUCCUUGAAGACAAGUCAUCACAUUUUCUUAAAGUUUUGUCUUCAUUAUCAAUGGGGACAACCUUGGCUCUCUGUAUCACGGUAAAUAUUUAUACAGUUGCUAUAACAUGCAAAUGUUUUGGGAUUAUGUCUCCUACUGCAGUCAGACCAGCUUUAAAUCAAGUCUGUCUGCCAUAAAUGAGCCCUGUACGACACGGCCUCAAUACUGUAUUACAAGGACAAAUAUAGAAAUACCCUGAAAAGAAAUGAUUAAACACCCAUGGUGAAUUCAUUAAGCCUCUGUUACUGUUCCCCAGUCCAAUCCAAACUAUCGUUUGACUAUUUGUCUUGCAGGAUACAUAACGUUGAGCGUGUGUAAUUGCAUUUAUAUUUGAUGGUUUUCUUCGUGAGAAGUAUGCUGAAUUAAAAUGUUAUUUUAUUUCAUGUUGCUGUACAUUUCUUGUGGUUUUGUGUCCUAAAACCCUAUGAAAUUGGAUUUGGUAGGUACACCCCAAGGACUUAUUUUUAGCUGUGAGUAGCUCAGUAGUAUCUCAGUACAGCGAGCGUGCAGCUUAAAGCGUUUUCUCUUGUCUUCCAAAUGAAAUACACUACAUGACCAAACGUAUGUGGACACAUGCUCGUCGAACUUCUCAUUCCAAAAUCAUGGCCAUUAAUAUGGAGUUGGUCCCCUCUUUGCUGCUAUAACAGCCUCCACUCUUCUGGGAAGUCUUUCCACUAGAUGUUGGAACAUUGCUGCGGGGACUUGCUUCCAUUCAGCCACAAGAGCAUUAGUGAGGUCGGGCACUGAUGUUUGGCGAUUUAGCAUGGCUCGCAGUCGGCGUUCCAAUUCAUCCCAAAGGUGUUCAAUGGGGUUGAGGUCUCUGCAGGCCAGUCAAGUUCUUCCAAACCGAUCUCGACAAACCAUUUCUGAAUGGACCUCGCUUUGUGCACGUGGACAUUGUCAUGCAGAAACAGGAAAGGGCCUUCCGCAAACUGUUGCCACAAUGUUGGAAGCACAUAAUUGUCUAGAAUGUCAUUGAAUGCUGUAACGUUAAGAUUUCACUUCACUAGAACUAAGGGGCCUAGCCCGAAGCAUGAAAAACAGCCCCAGACCAUUAUUCCUCCCCCACCAAACUUUACAGUUGGCACUAUGCAUUCGGGCAGGUAGUGUUCUCCUGGCAUCCGCCAAAUCCAGAUUCGUCCGUCGGACUGCCAACUCAGUAUUGAGUGUUGCAACCGAGCACAGAUUAUUUUUACGCGCUUUAGCACUCGGCGGUCCCGUUCUAUGAGCUUGUGUGGCCUACCACUUCACGGCGAGCCAUUGUUGCUCCUAGACAUUUCCACUUCACAAUAACAGCACUUACAGUUGACCGGGGCAGCUCUAGCAGGGCAGGAAUUUGACGAACUGACUUGUUGGAAAGGUGGCAUCCUGUGACGGUGCCACAUUGGAAGUCACUGAGCACUUUAGGAAGGCCAUUCUACUGCCAAUGUUUGUCUAUGGAGAUUGCAUGGCUGUGUGCUCGAUUUUUAUACACCUGUCAGCAACAAGUGUGGCUGAAAUAGCUGAAUCCACUAAUUGAAGGAGUGUCCACAUACUUUUGUGUAUCUAGUUCUAUUCAAUUAGAAUGUGCCUAUCAGCAGGGGGAGAAAGCUAACAUUAUUAUGAUGGAGAGUGAAAUUGUAAAUUAUGCAAUGAGCUAUAUGUCAUUAAAAGUGAUACACUCGCUGUGGACAAUGACGUCCCUUUCAUGCAAUACUUGAUCUCAAAUCGUCCUCACGUUGGUUGGAAACAAGACUACGAAGUCUGGCAUCGCAAGCAAUCCCUCCGUGCCAAUUAUGUGAAAUCGCUCCUUCCACAUAACUGUCUGGAUUCUCUAGAACUGUUUGGAUUCUCUAGAAAUGUUUUUGUUUAUUCAAAGAAGCAGAAUGCCAUCAAUCUCAUCUUUUGGUGGUUGGAUAAUUUUUUGUAAAUCGAAUACAGAGUAGACCACUAUGUCAUGCUUGGCCCUUGACACCUCCCAGCUGUGUGUUGCCUUCCUUCUCUGGCCUGACCGGUACGAUGGAUGACACACUGCUUGGUCUAGGCUCACAGUAACGUGACUUAACAAGGAAUGAUGUGAGAGCUUUAACACUCAUCUCCACAGGGGGAAUGUUUUCCAUAAGGGACGGGUGAAUGACAUACUAAACUAAACACAAUGUUUCCUUUUAAUUUGAUUUCAUUUUAGAUUACCGGCUUGCCAGAAAAAGGCAAUCAAAUGAAAGUGAGAAUUACAUUUUGGUAGACUAAAUAUAACAUCUGUCGUUAUUCUCCAGUGGCCUUUUUUUAUUUGGACGUGAUUGACUUGGGAAGAACACGCUUGAAAUGCAGUAAUACAAUAACAUUUACGUACUCCCUAGCUACAGGGACAGUAUGCUACUUCUCUCACCUCUCUUUCUGUCCCUAACUCUCCAUCUUUCCCUCCUAAAAACUAUUUUUAACCCCACUCUCUCCCCUUACUCUGUCUCGACCCCACUGUCUCACCUCCCCUCUUUCAGUUUCAACCUCUCUCACCCUAUCUUUCUCACCUCGUUUGAUCUACAGUCUGUCCUCUAACCCUCCAGCUCCAGCCAUGUGAAGCAGGCUAGGGGCCUUUGCUUAGUCUGGCCACAAGUGGGGGGGGGGGGGGGUUUAACUGGCCAGGCCUCAUUGGUUCCUAGUGUAGACUGUGUAUAUAGGAGGCUUAGUCACCUGUAGCUGAGAGAGUCCCUCUUACGUUCCUUAGACAGAAAACAGCAGUCUGUUCUCUGUCAACGGGCCAGACUGAGCGCGAUAGAGGCAGCAGCUCGACUGGAGCUAGACAUCAUUACAGCCUCAGUCAUUGUAGUCUUUGUUUUCUGUGACCACUCGUUGACCCCUCUUAAGAAAAUAAGUGCAAGUUUGUACACUUUUUCAAAAUCCUAACCCUAUGCUCCACAGCCUUGUAUUACUUAUUUUGAUACCUUCUCUAACCUGUUGUCAUUGAUGUCUUUCAGGUUGAAGAUGUACGUCCACAGCCCAUUUGAUCACGUCAGGGUCUUCAUGAAGGCUGAGGGCAGGAAAGCCAACUCUGUGAGGUACGAAUGACUCUAAAGCUAGGAGAAUAUCCAUUUGAAGUGCUUUUUUGUCCAGAAGUGAGCUUAAUAUGGGUCUGGUAAACUGAUGUUAAAUGUGCCCAAAUUGGACCACAGUUAUCCUAUUAACAGCACUGUCCAUUCCAUUUAUAUUCAUUAAUUGUGUCUCAUCCAAUUGUUCCAGGAACCAAAGUUCUAAUAAAAUUAAACACAAAGAUUUGUAAUCUCAUCAAAAGUGUUGUCAGAAUCCUGUCAGCACUCAGGCAUUCUGUCCAUGUGACCAUUCUGAUUCCGCCAGCCUCGCCACUCAUGAUGGAUUUAUCCGGCAUGUAUGAAAUCGACUUAAUGGGUUUAUGAACAUGACAUCACUCGCCUCGUAAAUUCCUGCUGAGCUACGCAGUGCGAAAGCAGAUAGAGCAGGGAAGCGCGAUGAAGAUUUUCACUUCCCCCGGCCUAAUUCUGUAUGUGUUGUAAUUCCAGUUGAUUCCACAUUUUGGGAGUUCCAUUGAUCAUUUGGAUACACACACAUGCUUUGUGUGGGAAGGGGAUGGAGCUGGUGUUGAUGGCACCCAUUUGCCUCGCCCAGUCCUUGGCUGCCAUCCAUUUCCACUUAGUCAUAGAGAGAGAGAGUUUAUCCUCUACACUCAUAUCCUGCUGUGCCCUCUGACCCCACACCUUCAGUCUACCAAGCCACCUGCCCAGCCCCCUUACGUACCCUUCUAAUGUGGAGGUACUUGUUCUUCUUCGCAAAUAGCGUCAACAUGACAGUGAGUCUCCCCCGGCCCAUACCACUCCUGAGAUAGUCGUUUAGGUUACUUACUACAAGCUUCACUACGUUGAUCUAUGCACUUGCAAUUUUUGGGGGGAGUAGCCAACACCUUUUGGUAACUUUCACAAGGGUGCGAUGGUAACCUUUUCUCUAUUUUUGUAUUUUCAUUUUGUGAAGGCAAGGAAAAGUUGCCUUCACAGCAGGUUCUACCAUUCCACAACAGCCUGUAAUCACUAGUUAUUACUUCUAAACAAAAUACCUUUUUGGGUGGAUUCUUGUUGUUUGGUUUACUGUUUGAACAGUUGCUGAGAUUUUAUUUGGUUAUCAAUACUUUGAUGAAUAGCCUAUAGAUCAGAUCAAGGAACCAAGCAACAACACUGCCCCCACGGCUGCGGAAGGAAUCAUACAGCGUGUCUCAAUUUUCAGGUAGUAAAAAAGUAUGUCGAAUGCCAGAGCGUAUUACAAGGAUCGGAGAAGACAUUGCAACACUCCGAGUCUUGCGUCUGUGUAGAGCGUGUAGUAAGCUUUAGUCCUUAGUUAGUGAUUGGUAUCCCAGGGGCCCCUCUUGUCACAGUCAUCUCAGACUCUUUUGUCUCUGUUCUUUUGGAUACAAAGUAAGUCCCACACACACACUCCCCACGCUAUACACAGACUAGGUGCAUCAGAUCCCCAUCAGGUUAUGUAAGCGUAGUGAGAACUGCAUUUUAAACCCCAGGAUUUUCUAUGAAGUUUCACCCUUGAAUAGUUUCGCUGGUGUGCAUGGAUUCCUUCAGCCUUGAGACCUUGUUGCCCACUAGUCCAGUCAGGACACACUAUUAACAGUGGGGCUGUGGGUUGUCAUGUAACCUCAAUCCUUAAAGGAUGUGUGCCCUAAAUGGCAUCCUAUUCCCUACAUAGUGCACUACUUUUGACCAGAGCCCUAUAGGCACUAUUUAGCUAAUAAGGUACCAUUUGGGACACAACCAGGGUGUAGAUGAGAGGGGGGGGGACAGCUGGUUGGCAGCAGAAUGUGGAAAUAGCAGUUACCCUGCCUACCCCCUGCUACCCUGCCUACCGCCUACCCCCUGCUACCCUGCCUACCCCCUGCUACCCUGCCUACCGCCUGCUACCCUGCCUACCGCCUACCCCCUGCUACCCUGCCUACCCCCUGCUUCCCUUCCUACUCCCUGCUACCCUGCCUACCGCCUACCCCCUGCUACCCUGCAUACCCCCUGCUACCCUGCGUACCCCCUGCUACCCUGCCUACCCCCUGCUUCCCUUCCUACUCCCUGCCUACCGCCUACCCCCUGCUACCCUGCGUACCCCCUGCUACCCUGCCUACCCCCUGCUACCCUGCCUACCCCCUGCUUCCCUUCCUACUCCCUGCUACCCUGCCUACCGCCUACCCCCUGCUACCCUGCAUACCCCCUGCUACCCUGCGUACCCCCUGCUACCCUGCCUACCCCCUGCUUCCCUUCCUACUCCCUGCCUACCGCCUACCCCCUGCUACCCUGCGUACCCCCUGCUACCCUGCCUACCCCCUGCUACCCUGCCUACCCCCUGCUACCCUGCCUACCGCCUACCCCCUGCUACCCUGCCUACCCCCUGCUACCCUGCGUACCCCCUGCUAUGACUAAUGGAGAUAUUCAUCCAUCAACACCACGUCCUGUCUCACCAACCUACUGCCUGUUAACGACACACACGCGCAUGCAUGCAUGCAUACAUACAUGCAUACAUACAUACAUACAUACACACGCGCACGCAUACACACACAUACAUACAUACAUACAUACAUACGCGCACGCAUACACACAUACACACACACAGGUAGAUGUGGGAGGGAGAUGGGUGGUGAAGGGGGGGCUGGGGUAGGAGAAGUGUUGCAAACUUCUGAAAUGUGCUCCUGUCAGCAUUAUGGUAGGCGUCAGCGAGGUGCUGAGCGUGUUAAUGAGAUGUGUAGCAUUACCCUAGCGGCUAGCCCACCCUGAGACGCAGCAGAGUACAGUAGGGAGGGGAACAAUACCAGAGGUGUGACUCUUACUUUCCCUAUUAGCUAAUCACCAUCACCCCCCCCCCCCCCCCCACACACACACACACACAUCUUAAUGGUCCUUGAUACAGGGCUCUAUAAUGACCUAUCAUUACGUGUGGUAUUUUACUUUUACUAAGUGUUUAUGAUCAACAUUAUGGUAUUUUAGUAGGACAGACAUAUUCUCCCAUGUCCAAGGUGGAAUUACCUCAUAAUAUCAGCAAGGUACAGUUCCAUAACAGGACCAAGGCUAGAGCAGGGCAUGAUAGUGGAGGGAACAAGAACCACACAGUGAGGGAGAAGCCAUAACUGUGAUGAGGAGAGGGGCCCUGGGCUCCUAACAGGGGUCACAUCCUAUUGAAGGGCUCCCAAAAGGGGGUCCGUGCAGCCCAACCAUGACUGGGCCUCCUCCCUCUUGGUAGAACAAUGGUUAUCUUCUGGGGAUUCUAGAUCCCUCCUAUGGAACUGUGUGAUUACAUGUUAUGAAGUAAUUCUGUUCUCUGGGACUGGAUGCACAAUAUGGCUAGUUUUACCUGUAGUACACUUGAAGUUGCUGUGUCGGAUUCAGACCACCUCCCUUGUUGUUUUGAGGAAAGGGCCUCCUCGAGUGAAGGACAAAAUCUAUGCAUGCAAUGGAUGGCGGUCCAUGAGAUCGACAUGUGCUGUACAUGUUGUAGAGUGCAACUUUUUAAGUUGGUGUUCAUAGAGCACUGGCUACCUUCUGCAGGUCACCUGAGCCGGGUUUGGACAGAACAGUACAGUCCAAAGUUGGCCACAGGUCAUUCUGAUCCUGUGUUGACUUUCUUACAAAACGUCUGCCGGAAUAUCAAGUAUGAAUCAAAUAAAUGGCUGCUCCUGUGCUGAACAUAGCUGUGUAACCAGUAAAUAUCCUCUUACUUGAAGAGAAGCAGCCCGAGCGUCAAGAGCCCUAACCCCUCGGGCUGGAUGUUUGUUUAUUUAUUUAAUACCUUUUUUAAAUGUUGAUUUUAUUUCUGAUUCAUUCCACUCGUUUGGAUCCAGAGGAUGUCCUUCCAUCAGUCAACUCGCUGCAGAGUAGAGCAGAGACCCAAGGCCAUGGAGCAGCUGGGCUGGCCAGCCUGACGAGGAGAAAUGCUGCCUAGUUUAAAAUAUCAAACACACACACACUGCAAAAGACGGGGUUAAGUGUGCAUCACAGCUUUAUCAUCUGUUUUCUCCUCUGAAGAUGGUCUGAGCCCCCUAAACCACAGGCAGCUGUAAUGUUCCUUUAGCUGUCCCAAAGACUACUCUCUCCUCACAUAUCUGUGGUGUGAUGUAUCAACCCUCUCCUUAAGGCGUACGCAUGCUUCCCAGCCAAAACAGUUCGGUAGAGUUCGUGCAUAUACAGUGCCUUGCAAAAGUAUUCAUCCCCCUUGGCAUUUUUCCUAUUUUGUUGCAUUCCAACCUGUAAUUUAAAUGGAUUUUUAUUUGGAUUUCAUACACAAAAUAGUCAAAAUUGGUGAAGUGAAAUGAAAAAAAUUACUUGUUUCAAAGAAUUCACAAAAAUAAAUAACAGAAAAGUGGUGUGUGCAUAUGUAUUCACCCCCUUUGCUAUGAAGUCCCUAAAUAAGAUCUGGUGCAAACAAUUACCUUCAGAAGUCACAUAAUUAGUUAAAUAAAGUCCACCUGUGUGCAAUGUAAGUGUCUCAUGAUCUGUCACAUGAUCUCAGUGUAUAUAUACACCUGUUCUGAAAGGCCCCAGAGUCUGCAACACCACUAAGCAAGGGGCACGACCAAGGAGCUCUCCAAACAGGUUAGGGACAAAGUUGUGGAGAAUCCCACGGAGCACCAUUUAAAAUCCAUUAUAAAAAAAUUAAAAAUAAUUGAAAGAAUAUGGCACCACAACAAACCUGCCAAGAGAGGGCCGCCCACCAAAAUUCAUGGACCAGGCAAGGAGGGCAUUAAUCAGAGGCAACAAAGAGUCCAAAGAUAACCCUGAAGGAGCUGCAAAGCUCCACAGCAGAGAUUGGAGUAUCUGUCCAUAGGACCACUUUAAGCCGUACACUCCACAGAGCUGGGCUUUACGGAAGAGGGCCAGAAAAGAGCCAUUGCUUAAAGAAAAAAAUAAGCAAACACGUUUGGUGUUCGCCAAAAGGCAUGUGGGAGACUCCCCAAACAUAUGGAAGAAGGUACUCUGGUCAGAUGAGACUAAAAUUGAGCUUUUUGGCCAUGAAGGAAAAUGCUAUGUCUGGCGCAAACCCAACACCUCUCAUCACCCUGAGAACACCAUACCCACAGUGAAGCAUGGUGGUGGCAGUAUCAUGCUGUGGGGAUGUUUUUCAUCGGCAGGGACUGGGAAACUGGUCAGAAUUGAAGGAAUGAUGGAUGGCGCUAAAUACAGGGAAAUUCUUGAGGGAAACCUGUUUCAGUCUUCCAGAGAUUUGAGACUGGGACGGAGGUUCACCUUCCAGCAGGACAAUGACCCUAAGCAUACUGCUAAAGCAACACUCGAGUGGUUUAAGGGGAAACAUUUUAAUGUCUUGGAAUGGCUUAGUCAAAGCCCAGACCUCAAUCCAAUUGAGAAUCUGUGGUAUGACUUAAAGAUUGCUGUACACCAGCGAAACCCAUUCAACUUGAAGGAGCUGGAGCAGUUUUGCCUUGAAGAAUGGGCUAAAAUCCCAGUGGCUAGAUGUGCCAAGCUUAUAGAGACAUACCCCAAGAGACUUGCAGCUGUAAUUGCUGCAAAAGGUGGCUCUACAAAGUAUUGACUUUGGGGGGGAUGAAUAGUUAUGCACGCUCAAGUUUUCUGGAUUUUGGAUUAUUUCUUGUUUUGUUUCACACAAAAAAAUAUUUUGCAUCUUCAAAGUGGUAGGCAUGUUGUGUAAAUCAAAUGAUACAAACCCCCCCAAAAAAAUCCAUUUUAAUUCCAGGUUGUAAGGCAACAAAAUAGGAAAAAUGCCAAGGGGGGGUGAAUACUUUCGCAAGCCACUGUAUUAUGAUGACAUUUGUUGAGGUUUUGGACUUUGAGGGUUUUUUCAGCUGUUCGGGCACACAUUUUUUCUGGAGGCAAGCAGAAGUUCGGAACUGGAGUCUACGCCCCUUCGUCGGUGAUUGGUCAACAGUAAGGAUUCUUCAAUAAAGUCUUUGUUGUCAUUCAACGAGAGACGACUCGUUUUCAUGCAAUUGUUUUCAUUGAAGAAUACUGCACCAAACGUUUUAGUUAGAUGUAAAAUUGCGCAACUAAGAUCUUAUCUGCAAAAACGUAAAAAUGAAUGACAGAUUUCUUGAGUUAUCUUAGAUUAAUUCGGACUAUUCUGAGGAAGUGUAUACUCGUUAUGGUGUCUCAAUGGACAAACGGUACUAUUGAUGCUUUUUUUCUCGAAUUUCAAGCAAAGGUAUUUUUAGGAAGUAUGCAAACACUUGUUCAGCUAGCUGAGUUCGGAUAGGCGCCAGCCAAACUGAAGCAUGCUGACGCCUUUAGCCUUCCUAAAACCGUGUCUAUCUCCCCUCGCUCAGCUCUCUUAAAGAUCCCCUUGUGUUUCUCUUUGCUUAGCACAUGCUUGUAUUCAGUCUCUUGGUACUGCAAUGCAAAUAUUUGUUUCUUCUUCUUCUUAUUAUUAUUAUUAAUACAGCUGGGUAAUGAUUCUAAGAAUCUUAACUAAAGGACCCAACCACAGUCUGGUAAAGCAGUCAUCUGCACAUAGCUGUGGUUUGCUGCCUCCUCACUUAUAACCUGAACUGAAGCUCUUUGAUUCUGUAUCAAUAUUCCUCUAGCUUACAUAAGAUGGCUGUUGUGGUUUGGAUCCCCUUAGGUUAGAUAAGAGACACUGUUGUGAAAGUUAGAGCCCGACCGAUAUAUCUGUUCACAGACAUUAUCGGCUGAUAUUUUACAGCUAUAUCGGUAUUGUCAAUGUCUACCUCCUUUCUCUGGUUUAGAGCCCCCACACACCCUCUAUAAAAUACAACAAAUGAAUUCCCUCUGAAGUAACUCCUGAUCAGAGCUCUGUGGACUCACUCUGCUCAGGACCCAUUCUAUUUUGUAUCUGCGCAGAAAGUUCUAGAAUUUAACAUCAGAAUCAAGAAGAUUCUGAGAACAGUUCAGUUCCUCUCGGACAAAAGUCCCUCGGGCUGGUAACGGCCACUCGAGCGUCAGUUAUUUGGCUGUGGUCCUGACCACAUCUCACUUCUCUCAUCCUCCCUGGCCAAAUGCUGCAGCUACCUACUCAUCCUUCAGUAAAAAUAGUUAGGUAGCUGUUGGUGGAAAAUAAUGGGAGCCCCCAUGGAGCUUCUACAGAACCCAACAGUAAACCGUGGGUGUAUUCUUUCUUCCGGUGGUGUUAGCGCUUAGAGGCACAUGCAUGUACAUGUAGAACACACAACAGACAUAUUUCCCAGAGGAUGUCUGUCUGGAUUCUCUAACCAGAGAGAGGGUUUGUAGAUUUGCCAACUGACAGGAGUAUGAGUUGCAGCUCCCUCCUCGUCGUUCUCGCUCUCUACGUAUGUUACCCUGUCUGUUUUGCUUGCAGGAGUAUUGAAGGGUUUGGGGGUACACUAUAUAUACAAAAGUAUGUGGACACCCCUUCAAAUUAGUGGAUUCGGCUGUUUCAGCCACACCCGUUGCUGACAGGUGUAUAAAAUCGAGCACACAGCCAUGCAAUCUCCAUAAACAAACAUUGGUAGUAGAAUGGCCUUACAAUGACAUUCUAGACGAUUCUGUGCUCCCAACUUUGUGGCAACAGUUUGGUGUAGGCCCUUUCCUGUUUCAGCAUGACAAUGCCCCCGUGCACAAAGCGAGGUCCAUACAGAAAUGGUUUGUCGAGAUCGGUGUGGAAGAACUUGACUGUCCUGCACAGAGCCCUGACCUCAACCCUAUGAAACACCUUUGGGAUGAAUUGGAACGCCGACUGCGAGCCAGGCCUAAUCACCCAACAUCAGUGCCCACCUCACUAAUGCUCUUGUGGCUGAAUGGAAGCAAGUCCUCGCAGCAAUGUUCUAACAUCUAGUGGAAAGCCUUCCUAGAAGAGUGGAGGCUGUUAUAGCAGCAAAGGGGGGACCAACUCCAUAUUAAUCCCCAUGAUUUAGGAAUUAGAUGUUUGACGAGCAGGUGUCCACAUACCUUUGGUCAUGUAGUGUAUAUUAGAGUUAGGCCUAUAUCAUGUCUAGGUUGUAAGCAGGAUGGGCUUGAAAUGGUUGAGCGUGGAGGCAAACCAUGUCCUUCCAUAGGACUGUUAUCCGUUAGGGAUAGUGAUAGAUCAUCAUGCUAACACGACAGGAUUACUCAGGCUCUACUGAUGUAAUCGCAAAAAGAGAGAGAAACACGAGGAGCUUCAAGGGCUGCAGCGGUUUUGGUGAGACAUGUUGACUCGGGUAAAGUCAGUAGUUUCCAUUCUCCAUGAGGAGGGAUGGGAAUCAGCACUGUGGAGUUUUACUCAAACCAUGAGUCCUAUCUCCAUCAAUCCUCCUCCUCCAAAGAUCCACCAAGCCUCAGCCAUGAAGUCAUAGAAGGAUUCUACAACUACAGCAGAUGGGAUGUUUUAUUUUAUUUUGGCUAACCCUAGCCCUUUUCCUAACCUUAACCUAAUUAUCCAAACCUGCUACGUUAAUUAUCCUAACCUGCUGCUUAAGUUCUCCUAACCUGCUAUGAAAAGUCAAUUUUGACAAAAACUGUAGACAAUCUAGUCAAAACCGAGGAGGAGCGAGAAUGUCGACAAUGAACAGUGGCCAUUUUUGUUCACCUGGCUGCUAUAGCUUCUGGUGGUUGGAGUGUAGUAACACGUUUUGUUUAUUUUUUUUGUUUAGGUAUCAAGAGCUGGACUUGGCAAAGACCUUGAAGGAAAACCUGAAGUUCAAACUUGUGAUUGAGUACCCGUCGCUACACAUCGUUCUCAAGGACCGCUGCCAUGACUACCCACUGAAAGGACCAGGUAAUAACAAGCACACCAACCACACCUACAGUAAGUAGGCUGCAAGUAGGCAAUCCAUUAUCCCUUCUAGAAAGUUUGAAUGUAACAUUUCGCUAAGAACAACCUCACCAAGGCUGGUGUUAGAGAGGGAGCAGAACUCUGACGUGAUGAGUUGGUCCAUCCUUACAUUAACAUGACAUCUCCAGUUAGUUUGUUUCAUUAGUCAGCAGUUAGUUUGUUUGAUAUAGUCCGAAAAUGUUUUGCAUGUCAGCAAUCAGGUUUUCAAAGAUGGUUUUCCUUUAAUGUCAGAUCAUGUCCUGCAGUCUCCUGGUGACUCCCUUUAUGACAACAUGCUGCCCCAGAAGAAACGUGUGUUCUGUGUAAUGGCACACACUCCAACACCCCAGAAAGAGGAUCCGAUAUGAUUCACGUAGGAACUGUUACAAUUAUGGAUGGGGGUUAGGGUUAAGGCAGGAAGGGAGAGUGGCCAGAACGUUGGUCGUCCUACUUGAUCUCAUAAUCCAAAACAAGUCUUACAGGAGGCUACGUCAUACACAGACGCCAAGUUGAGGUAGUACAUGCCUGGAGAUGCCAAUGUCAGGGACAGCAACGAAAACAAACAGUAGGUAGGCCUAAUCAAAUCACCACACUUGGCCUCAGUAACGGAUGGAUCCUUGAGGUCAUUUUAGCUCUUGAGUGUGUUGCUAAGCUGUUGCACUGUAACUCUACUUGUACUGCUACUGAGAUAGUCUCCACUACAUUGAGAGAACAGCCUGUAGGAAGUGAUGAAGGGUAAUCGGACCCUGUGGUAUGCUGUCUGUUUCUGAUAAGGCCAUGUUGCCAAGCUGUUACUCUGUAGUGUCAAUUAUAGUAACAUUACUACUGAGUCACCACAACACAGAGAGAGGCCUGCAUGAGGUGAUAGCACAUCGGACCCUGUGGCUGAACAUCUGUGUACCGUAUUUACAGAGGAGCUAUCUAAACUUGUAGUAAUCAAGAUCGAAUUAGAGCCCGGGGGGUGCAUUAAUUUAAGUUAGUCUCACUCAAAUAUCAUAUUAACUGCAAACAUUUCUCACCACCCUAUGGCAAAAUGUGUAAAAUUGCAGGAAAUUAGCUUUAAAACAGCAACUGCGGCCCGUCAUGAGUUCAGAUUUUUUUGUUUCCCCCACCCCCAUCAAAGUUGCCCGUCUGUGGUGAGUGAAUGACGGUCAGUCAUGGUUCCUUUGGGUUGGGUCAUGCCCUAUGAUAAGCCCCACUUCAAAAAAGUAUAUGUUCCUACUAGCACUGACUUUGCUGAGAACUACUUUAUUGGGGGGAAAUGUACUUACUAUGACUUUGAUGUCAAAGACUCCAGUCACCCAAGUCAUAGACUGUUCUCUCUGCUACCGCACGGCAAGCGGUACCGGAGCGCCGAGUCUAGGUCCAAAAGGCUCCUUAACAGCUUCUACCCCCAAGCCAUAAGACUGCUGAACAAUUAAUCAAAUGGCCACCCGGACUAUUUACAUUGACACCCCCCCGCCCCCCUUUGUUUUUACACUGCUGCUACUCGCUGUCUAUUAUCUAUGCAUAGUCAUUUUAUCUACCUACAUGUACAAAUUACCUGUACUAACCGGUGCCCCCGCACAUAGACUCGGUACCGGUACCCCCUGUAUAUAGCCUCGUUAUUGUUAUUUUCUAUUGUAUUUUUUUCUUUAUUUGGUAAAUAUUUUCUUAGCUCUAUUUUCUUAAAACUGCAUUGUUGGUUAAGUGCUUGUAAGUAAGCAUUUCACGGUAAGGUCUACCUACACCUGUUGUAUGUGACAAAAAAUUUUUUUUUUGAUGUGGUUGUCUCCCCCAGCUAUCUUAAGAUGAAUACACUAAUUGUAAGAUGGGCUCCCGAGUGGCGCAGCGGUCUAAGGCACUGCAUCUCAGUGCUUGAGGCGUCACUACAGACCCCCUGGUUCGAUUCCAGGCUGUAUCACAACCGGCCGUGAUUGAGAGUCCCAUAGGGCGGCGCGCAAUUGGCCCAGCGUCGUCCGGGUUUGGCCGGUGUAGGCCGUCAUUGUAAAUAAGAAUUUGUUCUUAACUGACUUGCCUAGUUAAAUAAAGAUAAAAUAAAUAAAAAGAUGCUCUGUAUAAGAUGGCUAAAUGACUAAAAUGUAUAACACACAAGUCAUCUCAGUUUCAUAAGAGACACUUUGUCUAAUGAGACAAGUCAUAGACCCAGCCUCGUUGUUUCAUUCUGUUCACAUGCAUGGGUAAUAAUCUUGUCAAAUGUUCUAAUCAAUCUUCCGAAAAUGAUUACAGUGAAAUAGGAGCUUUUGGUGAUGGAGUAUUUCUUCACAUUGAUAUAACACUUUUACGCCCCCUGAUUCCUCACCCCCUCCUGCAACAUACGUCCGCCCUACUUUAUUGCAUAACUAAUGGGCUGGCACGCCACCACGUUCGACUAAGUCCCGCUGAGCCAAAUGAUGCCGUCAGCUUAGCCAGACCCUGCCUGUGCUAAUGUAGAAGUGUGUUUUUGUGUGUGUUGAGCAUGGUGAGACUGCAGGGUGUAGGGCAGUGUGUGCGUGUGUGUACGCAGCAUGGCAACUCCCACAUCCCAUUAACGAUUGCCCCCCACCGCCCUUUCAUUUCAGCGGAGGCUGUGUCGGCCCAUGGCAGUCCCAUGAUGGAGGGGGCAUGGCGGGGUAACGGUCGGAGGGAGGAGGGGGGGACAGAGGUCUCACAGCCCCAACUGGGGCCACCCCUCCUGGGGAGCUCUCCUGAGACUGACCCACCCAAGAAGAAAAGAGCCAAGAGAGAACCAGAGGAACUUGAGGAUGGGGAGAUUGGAGACGGUGACGAUGAUGUGGAAGCUGAUAAGAUGGUCAAAGAGAUUGUUGUUGCCCAUGGUGCUGAUGAUAAUGGGGAUGAUGAGAUGCCAGUUGAUUGUUUCCAUGGUGAUUGCCAAGGUGAAGACAACCCAAAUGAUGGUAAUAACCAUGUUGAAACCGAUUCUGGUGGUUGUUGUAUUGGCGAUGCAUUAAUUGCUGCUACUGAAGCAGUUGAUGACAAAAUCAAAGAGGGGAUCCAGAGAGAGGGAUGGGAUGAGCCAGAACCUGCAGUCUGU